CUAUGUGGAUACAGGAGACGCACAGACGAUUCCAUUUAUGAUUCCUCAAGGCUUCUUCCAGCUGUAGAGCCAAAAAGCUGCAUCAUGCUGGCCUGCCUGCCGAGAAGACAGAACCAACCCACCCCUCACACGGCAUGUGCUGCCAAAAUCCUGGACAUUCCUGUCAGCCAGAAAAGUGAUCUAAGCGCAAUGGAGUCCCCACGGUACCCCUCAGCUGCUGAUCUGGAUGCCUAUGCACAAAAGACGGCAGACAGUCCACUUUCCAUCAAGAUCUUCCCCUCCAACAUCAGGGUUCCUCAGCACAAACAGAUUGGACGGACUGUAAACGGGUUGGACACGACAGGCCAACGCUACAGUCACUAUUCUCAGCCCUAUACCGGAGGUUACCAGGGCUUGUUGACCAUCGUCAGAGCUCCCACUGUGACCAAAGGCAUAGUAAAAAGCUCAGAAGGCAAGAGGACUAAACUGUCGCCCAUCCAAAUGGCGGUGGCACCUUAUGCACCGCCCAGCAGCAGCGGCUUGGCCCACAGGCACAGGCACAGACCGUACAAUAUGGAGCUCUGUAAGCCUCCAGAGGUGCACAAUGUACCAGUACCACCCAAUAUAGGGGUGCCUGCUUCUGCUACAUCACUCUCAAGUGGGCAAAGCUUAGCUUUGGCUCCUCAUGCUGACCACACAUCCCUAGGCAUGGUGAGACACAUGGCCAGAACAGCCAAUGCUCAGGGUAUUCGGGCAUCCGGGGACGAACAUUCCAGCCCAUCCCACCAAGCAGCCACAGCCUGCUUAGAUUCUAGCUUCAGCAUGGACAUGGCCAAGACCGCGGGCUACGUUGACACUAUGGAAUAUGCGAUCUGGCAAUCCAAGCAGCAAAGACAUCAACAACAACAGAAGCAGCACUAUCAGCAGGUUCCACUACACAGGUACAGUACCAGUGGAAGCAGCAGAGGCACCAUUAGCAGGUCUCCAGAAGUGUGCUUGCCCCCGACUACCACUCAGAUCCCCUACAGGUCCCAUGCACUUAGCACAUGCAUAGCAGGUGGCACGCUGGACCGGGUAGGUUCGUCACCUUUGAACUGCGCUCCCACACAUGGAGAGUUUUCAACUGGCCAGUUCUUCAUGCCUCCCUGGAAUAGCACGCUUACCACCCCCAACAGUGACUGUUACAAUCCGCAGGAGCUGCCGCCUGGCUCGAUGGGGCUUGGUCACAGCCAUGCACGCCCUCAGCGCCAAACCCACUGUGUGCCGCAGCAGUACCCGGACCUGGGCCUGUGCUGUGGGCUGCCUGGCCGCUGUCUGUGCCAGGCAUCACUGCUUAGCAGCAGCCUACAGUCUCUGGAGUGCCUGAUCAGCGAGAUUCACCCACCUUGCAUCAAGGAGCGUAUGCUGGGUCGUGGAUAUGAAAUCAUUCAGCCCACGCACAUCCAGUUGCCUGUGUUCAGAUAG